CUCGGGCCUGUCUCUCAUAUCGCACAUAUAGCUGUUCUGUGAUAUUUGUGCAAGAUUCUCUAGAAAAAUGUCUUCCCCCAGUACAGGCAGCAGCGAUUUGGGUACGGAACCAGAGAUUCUCGACGUUCUUGAGGUCAAUCCGCCAGAUGACUUGCGCGGGACAGUAAUAUUUCUUCACGGUCUGGGCCAAAGCCCGCAGCAUUGGAAACCCGCCAUCCAGACCAUGGCCAGAAGUCUCCCUGGUGUGAAAUGGAUAUUACCACGAAGUCCUUCGAUUCCAGUCACCAUGAACGAUAACGAAACCCGGCCAGCGUGGUUUGACAUCGAAGAAUUACCUCCGACGAAUGAAAGCGGGUCAGAGAGCGUCUGUCGUCAAAUGAAUCGCGUUUUACGGAGCCUUGAACAGAUCGUCCACAAUGAGCUGCAUGGACGCCCCCAGAGUCCUGAGGUAGUCGUGGCCGGCUUUAGUCAAGGUGGAGCGACAGCCGUGAUGCUUGCCCUCACUAGUCUACAAGAACUCGGCGGCGUAGCUAGUCUGUCCGGAUGGAUCCCACACUGUAGCAGACAAGGCAUGCGACAGAUUGAACCCUGCUUGCCUGUCUUCUGGGGCCAUGGCGCUGAGGAUCGAGAGAUACCGCUCGCCAUAGGGCAGGAGUCUGUUCUGUUCCUGCAAGAUGAGCUGGGAUUUCCCGGUUCGAGGAUAACUUUCAAGUCGUAUGAAGAUUUGGAGCACGCUGUCUGUCCUCAAGAGAUGCAGGAUCUUACCGACUGGUUGAAAACUGUUCUUUGACGAAGACUCUUAUCUAUUUCUCUUCUGCUUUCCACGCCGACUGAUGUUAUCGAUUCCUACAACGCUAACCUUUCGUGUUGAGUAGGAUUAGCACGUUUUUAUGUCGAUUUGUGCAUUCCUUGUCGUAGUAACUGCUGGGAAGUGCUGCAAUGGUCUGUAUCCCG